CAUAAGCAUUAGUAACCGAGGGGAAAUCAAUUGCGCUUCUUGCAAGUCCUCGCUGCAUACUCUUAUUUCCUUCACACCGUCAAAACCACGUCGUUUAAGGGAACGCUGUUUCUAUCGUUCUCAACAUUCAUCUCUUGGAUUCUCGCCCUCCACCUGUUUGAUAAAAUGCUUGAAGAAAAAUAGCCUUCCUUUUAUCUUGAAUAAGAUCUGUAUCGACUCUACCACACUACCUAAUGCGCCACUUCGUAUAUUGUUUUAUUUUCUUUUAGUUAUUGCGUGGUUUACGGCUUAAAGAAGUUGCAGCAGUUGCGGUUUUUGCUGUUGGUAUUAAGGUACUGUUGAGAAAGGGAACAGGUAGUGAUAGGCAUGAAAACUUUGUUGAAAUGGUCGAAAAAAAUCAAGCCUUCUCAAGUUGAGCAGCUGAUACGGGCAGAAAAGGACGUACAUAAAGCUUUACUCAUAUUUGAUUCUGCCACCGCUGAGUACUGUAAUGGUUUUAGGCAUGAUCAUUCCACAUUUGGUGUCAUGAUCUCCAAGUUGCUCUCUGUAAACCAGUUUAGAAAAGCUGAGGAGAUGCUUGAGAGAAUGAAGGAGGAAAGAUGUAAUAUCACGGAACAUAUAUUCCUUUCUGUUUGCAGAGCCUAUGGCAGAGUGCAUAAGCCAUUAGAUGCCAUCAGGGUUUUCCAUAAGAUGAAUGAUUUUGAAUGCAAACCCACACAGAAGUCUUAUAUUACCGUGUUUGCUAUUCUUGUGGAAGAGAACCAGUUAAAGAUUGCAAUGAGGUUUUACCGGUAUAUGAGAGAAAUGGGUAUUUCACCUAGUGUUGUAUCUCUCAAUGUCCUUAUCAAAGCCCUUUGCAAGGACAGUAGAACUUUUGAUGCUGCUCUUAGGAUAUUUAGAGAGAUGCCUAAUCAUGGGUGUAUUCCCGAUUCAUAUACAUAUGGUACGUUGAUAAAUGGUUUUUGUCGACUAGGGAAGAUUCAUGAAGCAAAGGAGUUGUUUAGAGAGAUGGAAACAAAAGGUUGUUCACCAUCUGUGGUUAUGUAUACUUCAUUGAUACAUGGUUUAUCACAGUCUAAUAAUAUGGAUGAAGCUGUGGGAUUCCUCGAAGAUAUGAAGACCAAAGGCAUUGAGCCAAAUGUGUUUACUUACAGUUCUUUAAUGGAUGGUCUUUGCAAAAAUCAGCGAUCUUCACAAGCCAUGGAACUACUGAAAAUGAUGAUUAGCAAAAACUGUAAACCUAAUAUGAUAACUUAUAGUACCUUAAUAAAUGGCCUCUGUAAAGAAGGAAAACUUCCUGAAGCUGUGGAGAUGCUUGACAGAAUGAAGCUUCAGGGCAUAAAACCAGAUGCAGGGCUGUAUAGGAAGAUCAUAAAUGGGUUGUGCGAAAAUCACAAGUUUCAGGAGGCUGCAAACUUCCUCGAAGAGAUGGUACUUGGGGGGAUCUCACCAAGCAGAUUAACAUGGAGCCUUCAUGUUAGGAUUAAUAAUAUAGUAGUCCAAGGUCUUUCUAGCGAUGGCGAUAAAAGUCGAGCCUUCCAAUUGUAUUUAAGUAUGCGUACAAGAGGUAUUUCAGUUCAAUAUGAGACAUUCAAUUCUCUAAUAAAGUGUUUUUGCUAUAAAAAAGACCUGCACAGUUCCGCUCGUAUUGUUGAUGAGAUGGUGCUGGAUGGAUGUGUUCCUGACUGGGAAACAUGGAAUGAAUUGGUGUGUGGAUUUUGGGAUCAAAGAAAGGUGCGGGAAGCUGCUGAGCUGUUAGCAAUUAAGCUGAUGAAUUUAUCAGCCUAGCAUGUGGUGGGAUUUACAUAAAGCUAUGUUUUGUUUUUCAUUUGGGGCAUGGAUUCCAAUUUGCUAUCAGCCUUCACCAUCAUAUCUCAACAAAUGAAGUACACCUUGUUAAAGUCUUCUUCCAUGCAUAGAUACAUUGCUCUAUGUAACCUUAUUUAUGUUUUAGCAGGUUAGAUAUUCAUUUGUCCUAGCCAUCCCAAUGGCUUAUUGAAAGAUCAAUGAUUUCCUUUUUUAACAAUUAUAGAGCAUCAAUAAACAAUAACUGUACUCUGCAACUUUCCUCUGUCAAUGAAACUUUCGUUCAGGCAGUAUGACAUAUGAUUUAUCUUUCACCUU